UGGGUGUUUGAAAAACAAAAGACAGUUUUCUGAGCACGGUUUAAAUUCCAACUAAAAUUCGAAAAAUGAUAAUAAUAAAAAAUCUUCUUAUUGGAUAAAGCAGAGCAGCCAGGAGAAAAUCAGAGAGCCAUGGCCACGCCACUUUUCCUCUCAACAAAAUCAACCCAACUAACUUUCUUCUUUCCCUCCAAACCCAACUUCCUUCCACCAAUCAACCCCAUUAAAAACCCUAGUCUCCAUUAUCGUGAUCAGAAAAUUUUAAUUUCCAGAAUACCCUUAUCUUCUUCCUUCACAAAUGGAAGCAACACACCACCAGAAACAGAGUGCCCUGUUCCACUAGACCAGCAACCCAUCAAUGAAUACCAAACUCUCUCCACUUCCUUCCCGUUUUCAUGGGCCUCUGGCGACUUCGUUGAGUACUGCUCAAGAUUGGCGGUCACCGGCGUGUCAUUUGCUCUCUUUAUUGGACUGCCAGUGGCCUGGUUUGGAGCAGUCGGGCCUGAUUCAGAGCCUUUGAAGAGAAUUCUUGGGGCUGUUUCUAGUGGGAUUUUUGUUGUCACUCUUGCAGUUGUGAGGAUGUAUCUUGGCUGGGCUUAUGUGGGGAAUCGAUUGCUGAGUGCAACCGUUGAGUAUGAAGAGACAGGAUGGUAUGAUGGACAGAUAUGGGUGAAGACUGCUGAGGUUUUAGCACGUGACCGCCUUCUGGGUUCAUUUUCAGUGAAACCGGUAUUGAGCCGAUUAAAAUACACUCUGGUGACUCUUGCUGCAUCCUUGUUUGUAUGUGCCUUCCUUCUCAUCAACAUUGAAGGCAGCCAAAGGAACUUGAACAUAGUAUCCAACGGAGGUGGUGGCAGGGCCAUUCCUGGGGUUUACAACGACGAUUCUGCUAGAUCAUUUGAGCCCGACGCCUUCUGUGGUGAACCUGAUCUUCUCUAAUUGUUAGUCAUUAAACAAACUUUAUUCCUUCAUGUUGUAUUGUGAUGAUAUUCAAGAGCAUAUCCUAUUCCAGUAUUCCCAUAUGCCCUGUGUACAGUUUGUUAUACUGCAAUAUUCUCCCCUGUUUUUUUAGCAGAUGAUGUAAACUAAUUGAAAAUUUGCAGUAUGGAUUAGUUUCAAUGGACUUUCUUGAAGAAAAA